CGUUAUAAUCAUCAUCAUCAUCAUCAUCAUCAUGCGCGAGACUCUGAUUAUAGGAGCAAAAUCAGCCGGUGGUACGACUACGACUGCUGCUCGCGGAGGAGGAGGAGGAAAAAGAGGAGGAAAAAGAGGCGCUUCUCGAACACCUUUCGUCCUCGCUCUUCGAGAAGAAAAGACGACGACGACGACGACGACGACGAUUUUGAGGAACGAGUGCUUUGAGAGAGGAAGAAGAAGGAGAAAAGCAACAAACGACGACGCGUUCGAUCAUCGAUUCCGAACGCGCGCGUUGUUCGAGAAGACGCCCGCCGUGGACGGUCUCGGCGGCGCGGAGGAGGAGGAGGAGGAGGAGAAGAAGACGAAGAAGGAAGAAGAGAACGCGCCAACAAAAAGAGAGGAAGAAGAGGAGGAAGAGAAAGAGAAGAAGAGAAGAGCGAGGACGGGGAACGGAACGUCGUCGUCGUCCUCCUCUUCCUCCUCUGGCAAAAGUCUGGGUACGAGUAACGGGAUAAGUUUCUCGUCGAUUUCCUCCCCAGCUUCAGCGUUCGUCAGCUCGGUCUUAUCCAGCACCGCCGCGGCGGCGAAAAAGAAAGAAACGAAGAAAACGAAAACCGAUUGGGAAACGUCCUCGUCGUCUUCUUCGUCCUCGUUCUCGCGGAGGAGAAGGGAGGACGAGGACGAGAUUGGUCCCCUGCUGAUUGGUUGGGGAGACGCGGUCGAAGUGACCAUCGAUGACGGUGACGACGAGGUGGGCGAAGAAGAGGAUGAAAAUGUACAAGACUACGAAAACGAAGCGCGAGGAGCCGCAGAGGGAGAUGCGAAUGGUGAAAAGGACGGCGUCGUUACGGUUGCAAAAGACGGUAGCAGCAGCAGCAGCAGCAGCGGCGAGAAAAUUUUAUCUUCAUCUUCUUUAUCUUCAUCGUCGGUGUUAUCAACGCAGCAGCAGCAGCAACAACAGACGACGACGACAACGACAGGGAAAACGAAAGCGACGAGUAGCAGCGCCAGAGCGGGUAGUAAGAGUAAAAAAUCUAGCAGCAGGAAGGACGGAUCUUCAUCGUCGUUGAAAAGAGAAGAGAUCAAAUCUUUGAGCGCGUAUCCGUACCAAAAUGUAGCCGAGCAAAGUGUGGAAGCGAGAAGAGAGCAGCUGUUGAACGCCAUAGAUUGGGGCGUCGUUGAAAACGGAGAGGAAGCGUUGAGAAUUUUCGACGAACAAGUGGCCAAAUCGCAGUCGCAAGAAAAAUCAAGUAUUGAAAUGUUUUUCGACGAAACGCCAAACGCUCGGAUAUUCUUGAAAUUCGUCGUAUUCCCAGCCGUGUUUUCGCAAACGAUGAAUUACUCGUUCAUAGAACCGUAUUUUGACGCCGAGUUUGAUUCGAUGGGUGAAAACGUCGCAGCGGAGAUGCUCCCGAUGCACUUGCGCCAGGACAUUUUACAAAAUGUCGAACGGAACGAACAAAUGCGAGAGUACGAGAUCCAAAUGGGUCGUGCUCCGCAACUCACCGACAAACAAAAGAUACAAGCGCGAAUUAAAGAUGCCAAGGCGAUAGAAGAAAAAACAAUAAAAGAAAGGAAGAAAGAGUUGUCGAAUAGGUGGACGGAUGUGGCCUUUAUCUCCGCUUUCUUCAUGUCUUUCUUCGGCAGAAGGUCAGCGGCGAAAGAUUGGAUCGACCAAACAAAGAACUGGUUUUUUGAUUUAGGACCUGCCAAUCAAGCGUUCAUCUUACUUCUAUCUAGCGAUGUUUUAGUCGGAUAUCACAGUGCGGAUGGGUGGAAUACGGUUUUAGAAUCUCUGGGCGAAAAGUACGGCAUCGCGGAUAACCACGCGGCGAUUUCGAUAUUUACCGCGUUAGUUCCCGUCGGUAUGGACGUCCUGUUCAAAUUUUGGGUGUUUAAGUAUUUGCGAAAGUUGGCGCCGUCGACACAAAUCAUCUUGGACGAUAUCGAUCGACAUUAG